AUGAUAUUAUUUGAUAUAUUUAUUUCACAUGAUUUUGGUUUAAGCUCAGGUUUAAAGAGCAAAUACGCAGAUUUGACCAUGUGGUAUGCAGCUUUAGUGCGUUUCAUCCGAAGAAGAUUAGUACUAGGCAUUAUAUUUGCUUCUUCACUCACUUACUGCAUCGUUAGUUUUUUGAGAGAGGGACACAGCAGGAAUAUGGUGUAUCAGGACAUAUCAAUAGAACAAAAACCUUUUGUUUGGAGAACUCUUCAGGAACAUAAUGAUACAAAUAAUUUGAUAACUUGCAGAAACUCUGUACAGGGAAAGUUAACUAUUGUAGAUGAUAGAGGUUAUGUAUGCAGGAGGAAGGAUCUAUUCAAAACUGGUUGUUGUAAUACAGAAGCCGAGGCUACAACUAGAUACAGCUGUGAAACAUGUAAAGAUAACAAUUGUUGUGUUAUUUAUGAAUACUGUGUCUCAUGUUGCUUAGAUCCAAGCAAGAGGGACAUGCUGGAGUUAGUUUUGUCGAAACUUUCUGCAGAAGAGAAUGUGUUAUUUCGUUCAUUAACCGACGACUACGAGCUGUGCCUGACUAAAUGCCGCACUAGUUCGCACAGUGUGUUGCAUGAGAACUCAUACAGAGACCCGGCGCACAAGCAUUGUUUUGGUGACGAACCGCCUGGAACUAGAACACCUGAUUAG